UCGGAGCCGAGGAGAAUGGUAGCGUUGCUAGUCAAAACUAACAGGUUUGUCAUUUAUUAUCGAUUUAUUAUCGAGCGAAGAAGUACACAGGACAUAAUAUAAAUAAUAAAUAAAAUUUCAAUGAAUUAAACAAACAAACAAACAAACAAAACAGUAGGGCAGUGGGAAUUGUCCCGGUGCUCCAAAUGGCCAGCCCAUUUGAAUAGCCCCCAUUAAACUUUCAGACUCGAUGCUUGAUGACAAAACUACAAGCGAUUUUACACAAAAGCGUACCCUCCUGUCACUUCUGAUAACAAAAGUAAGUAUGGAUUCAUUUGACAAGAGUUUUACUACGUAAUUAGUUUAAGGCCUAGCAUGAAUCUAUUCAUUUAUAUAUAUAUUUUUAAAUUUGCCGUUUGGAAACGUUAACUUGAUUCAACAUGGCAACCCUGCUCUCUCUUUCUCUGUGCGCGAGCUCCUAACUUGGAGUCGGCUAUUUUUCUGCGCGUGCUGGAGUGGGCGGGGCUUCAAGCCCACAACGCUGCCCAAGUCCGUACUAGCCUACUACGAAGUACAUGUAAAGACAACCAAAAAUAACGUAAGGUAGUAUGCGGAUUCUGGACGUGGCCGUUAGGACCGUGUGCCGACGUGAAGCUGGAGGAACAGAAGUGGCUUCAAAGCUGAGGAAAGAGAAGAAAGGUUCACACCACGGCGAUGAUAUCGUGAAUCAGAGGGAAACGUGCUGUAAAGCUGCACUGCCCUGGUGGGAGAGCAUGGAUCCUCCGGCUGAGACUGACCGAAUGACCUCUGACCUCCUGAACCAGGCGGAUCUGCGUGCCAAGGAUGUGCGCACUCACCCUGAGAAAGCUGCACCUGUGCACACAGGUUGUGGAGCAGUGCUGGUGGUGUGCGCGGUGUCCGUGGCCUCCCUCAGUGGACUCAUGCUGGGCUAUGAGAUGGGUCUGAUCUCUGGAGCCCUGCUUCAGCUCAGGGAAGUACUGGCACUCUCGUGCCUGCAGCAGGAACAAGCCGUGAGUGCCUUGUUGCUCGGAGCGUUCCUGCUCUCAGUGGUAGGUGGCACCAUUGUGGACCGUUACGGACGCCGUUUCUCCAUCAUCCUCACGGCAGUGCUGUGCACGUGUGGCACACUGCUGAGCGUCUGCGCUCCCGCCUUCUGGACGCUGGUGGUGGGCCGUGUGGUGGUGGGAAUGGCUGUGGCACUCUCGGGCACGGCGUCAUGUCUGUACAUAGCGGAGGUGGCACCUGCCGCCUGGCGUGGGAGGUGCGUAUGUGUGUACGAGCUGAUGGUGGUCCUGGGUGUCCUGCUGGGAUUUGGGCUCAGUUGGGUGUUUGCAGGAAUGGUGGACGGUUGGAGGUUCACUUUGAGUGGAGUUCUAGUGCCUGCAUGCCUGCAAUUGAUCAUCAUGCCUGUGUUGCCCCAAAGCCCGCGCUUUCUCCUGACCAGGCGCAGACAGAAGGAGGCACGGAAAACUCUCGCCCGUUUACGAGGGACCAUCCCAGACAUGGUGGAGGAAGAGCUGAAGGUCAUCAUGGCAGCUCUGGGCACUGAGCAUCAUCAGGGCUUUUUGGAUCUAUUCCGCUCUCGGGCCAACAUGCGGAGGAGGAUGUUUGUGGGAAUGGCGCUGGUGUUUCUCCAGCAGGCUACAGGUCAGCCCAACCUUCUGGCCUAUGCCUCCACAGUGCUGCGUGGAGUGGGAUUCUACAGUAACGAGGCUGCUACACUUGCCUCCACCGGCCUCGGUGUGCUUAAACUGAUCGGUACAGUCCCAGCAAUCUUAUUGGUUGACCGGGUCGGCCCCAAAGCUUUCCUUUGCGUAGGUGCUGUUGUCAUGACGCUGUCGACGGCAGUUUUGGGCAGCGUAACACUACAAACCCAAACACAAGUGGCCAGCCUGUGCCAGAGCCCAGGCCAGCUAAAUCAAACCCUAAUGUUUAGGGGACAUGAUGCUGGCAUUAGGACAAACACGAAUCAUACUGAUUUUUUGUCAGAACAGAAUUACACUCGCGUUCAAAUAAACCCUUUAAAACACACUCAGGUGCCCUGGAUUUUAAACUCCACAGAGGACCACAGAGCAGCAGUAACGAACUCAGAGACGCCAGCAGAUGAUUCUUGGAAAGAGAGAUCUGAGAUUUCAUUCGUGUCAUUGAGUGAGCUGACUCCUUCCCUGAAAUGGAUCUCUCUGGUCAGUCUGCUUAUCUAUGUGGCAGCUUUCUCCUUCAGCCUGGGACCAAUGGUGUAUGUGGUUUUAAGUGAGAUUUUCCCCACGGGGAUCAGAGGAAAAGCCGUGUCUGCGGUCUCUGCCUUCAACUGGGCCAUGAACCUGCUCAUAUCAAUGACCUUCCUCACACUCACAGAGAAGAUCGGCCUCCCCAGUGUGAUCUUCUCAUACGCUGCUAUGAGCUUCGUGCUGCUCAUAUUUGUGAUCGUGUUCGUGCCGGAGACGAAGGGCCGCUCACUGGAGCAGAUCUCCAAAGAGCUCGCCAUGAAGAACCAUCUUGACAGCACACUGCUGUGCCACCGAUGGCGAAAGAAGCCCAAGACUCACCAGUCACAGGAAGAGAAAUCCCUCGCGGCAGUCUGAUCCCGAGGGACGAGGAUAAAAAAGAACAGUUUGUUAAUUAGUGAUGGAAGGAUACACAGUCUGAUUAAUAGAUAUUAGGAGAGAGGUUGGUGACGAGACCGAGCCUACCCUGAUACCCAAGAGAGAAAUUACGGUCAGUAAAAUGGCUGUUGAUGUGGCGUUCACAUCACAGUAGCUGUUAGCCGAACUCACACACUGUCAUGCGCCACGUUGAAGCCUGAAAUGCAGCCGUUUAUUAAUUUUUUUUUUGUCUUAAUCCUUUUCUAAGUACAUGAUUUUGAAGGAUACUUUUAACAUGAAUCGUUUUGGAUAGUCGUGGCCAGUCAGAGGUCAAAUACUGUGUAAAAAAAACAACAAAUAGAAACGACAAUGUCAGUACUGUACUGUCUGAGCUCAAAAUGGCGUACCAUGCAUACUACUCCUGCUAAACCUCACCCCAAAAGCAGUAUGUAGCACGGUCACUGUAUCUUUUAUAUGUAAAUAACUGCAAUAUCUUUUAUAUGUAAAUAUUGCAGGGAACGGGAAAAGUGGACCUUAACUUAUUUGUCGUGAACAAACACGUUCUUACAGAUAACUUUAGGCAGCGGCUUAAUAUCGUGUCAAUCUUCUAUUUGUUUAUUCGUCGUUGCGGUUACGUCCGUUAACGAAUAAAUAAAAAAAAUCCUAUUAUGAUAGGCUUUCGUUGGAAAGUUGCUACGGUACUGAAAAAAGACGUUAUGUGAAAAGUGAAAACAUCUUCAGUAUAGCCAAAAUGAUCAUGUUUCUCAUUAUACCACAGUAGUACUGUAUUCUCCAAUCUGAUUGGUUACAAGGUGUUGAUCAAUAUAUUCUGUAUUAUAUACAGCAGGAGAAGUAAGUAUUGGACGCGUCAACAUUUUUUUCAGUAAAUAUAUUUCCAAUGAGGUUAUUCACAUGAAAUUUUCACAAGACAUCAGUAUUAACUCAAGAAAUCUGGAAAUAUGAAGAAUUCACAACAUUGAAGUCCAUAAAUAAAGUUAUGUGUAAUAAAGUGGAAGAAACUGAGAAAAAUCAAGGUGUUAGAAUGGUCCAGUCAAUCACCUGGCUUGAAUACGAUUGAACAAGAUUUAAAGACAGUAUGUUUAGAAGAACGGGCCAAAAUCACACCUGGAUACUGCGGCCCAUUCAUUUACAGGAAGCGUCUUGAAGCCGUCAUUACAAACAAAGGCUUCUCCACUAAGUAUUAAAUACAUUUCAGUUAAUGUGUUCAGUACUUUUUCCCCCGUGUCAUUCGUUUUUAUUACACACAACUUCAUUGGACUUUAAUGUUUGGACUUCUUUAUAUUUGUGGAUUUCUUGAGUUAAUACUGACGUCUGGUGGAAAUUUCAUGUGAAGAACCUCGUUGGAAAUAUAUUUGAUGAAAAAAACGUUGCCGCCUGCAAUAGUUAUUUCCCCCACUGUAUAUUCAAAUUUGCUAUGGUUUCUAUAGUAACAGCUCAUUCAUAGGGACUUGUGCAGCAGACGCUCCUCAUAAACGGGUAUAAAAUAUUGAAUUUUGUGAAAUCUAGCGAUUUUUAUAUAAAAAAAAUUAAUUUAUGUUUUUUUUUUUUUUUUUUUGGUGAGCUGUUUCUUUAGCAUUUUUGGAAGGAGUCUCCAGUGUCAGCGCUUAAGUAACAGUUAGGACAAGCUGCAUGUUUCGAAAGCAGUUGAGGCUGGCGAGGGAACAACUGUUAUAAGUGAUAACAGGAAUGAAGUUGUUUCACAGGCGUUCCACAACAUUACAUAAAUAAAUAAGUUGUUCAUGUUGGCAGAGUGCUGUGGUAUAAGGAGAAUAAAACACACCGAGACACGCUGCUGUAGGAAAAUAAUCGACCACAGGGUCAAGAGUGACUCCGUUUCGUCUCAGGCCGCAUCACACAACAUCGUCAUCGAUUAUUUUCCUAAAACAGCACACACCGUGGUGCUUUAUUCCUUACCUAUGGGAUACGAUAAGACAGAUAUAAGAUUACUGCACAUACAGUGGAGAUAAAAAGUCUACGCACCCCUGUUAAAAUGCAGGUUUUAUUGGGGUUUUUUUCUUCCACUUGAAUUUUGUUGGAUCCUGUAUCGCAUGAAAGGUGUAAAAAGAUCCGACAUGAUUGAUCCGUUUAAAUUUUAACAGGAGUAUGUAGACUUUAUAUAAUAUCUAUGGUAUUUAAAUGUUUUUGAUAAUUUCUUGUUAUAUUGGGAAAUAGUUUAGCUCAUUUAAAACAUGUAUUUCUAUAAAAUAGCAUUAUUACCUAUCACUAGAAGAAUGUAAGCUAAAACUGAGUAAAAAUGUCUAGAAGUAGACUCGAUUAUCUUAUAUUUGUUUUAUUGUAAUCUUAUGAUGAGAGAUAUUUGAUAGACUCAACAGUAUUUAAGAAAUGUUUGUGGUUUUUUCCCCUUUUGGUUGUAUUUUUGCAUUGGGUUCACCUUAUACAGAGUACAGAACGGAUAAUUCGAUAUUUAUGCCAGCUGUGCCACUACUGUAUUUUACAUUGGACUUCUGAUUCAAGUUCACACUACACUACCUUGUGUUAUGAUUUGUACUGUGAAAAUAAAGCAGUCUAACACAGUCCUGAAAUUUAAACGAAUUUGAUCACAAAUCCAAUAUGUAGCAUAAGGAAUAGGACGUGAUGGUGUGUAGUGUACUGUAUGUGUAAAAGUGUAAUAGAGAAUUGUGAGAUAAAUAUGUUGAAUAUGAUCAA